AUGAUCGUCAUGGCCGCCGCCAUGUCCUUGCGCUCUUCCGCAGCCGAGGCACAGGACAAGCAGACCUGCACAGACCCACAAGACCAGGAUGCUUCUGCUGCCUUGCAAGAGGCCAUGGCCGGGCGAGUGCUGGACGCGCGCAUCAGUGCCACCACGGCCUGGGCCUUCAACCAUGGCGACUCCCUGCGCUUCAUCGGUGACCAAGGACAGCUGCCCGCAGCUGUGCAGCGCUUGUGGAACACCUGGAACGGCAUGAUGAUCCCGUCUUUGCCGCAAAGUCUUGGCGAAGCACGCCAACCAGAGCUGCGAGAGGCUCUCCUUGAGGUCAUGUCUGGUCAUGGUAUGAAUGACGAAAGGUUGGAUCAUGCCUUUCGUGGGUUCGUCCUCACACGUGACAACAUGGUAAAGCUUGUGGAUGUUGCUGAGCGUCUUCGGGCUGGGCUGCUUUGCAUCCUCAUGGGCGAGGCUGGGUGCGGAAAGACGGUGCUGCUGCGACUUACUUCCCAGUUACUUGGAGCUGGCAAGCUUGACGAGCAGCAGGUGCAUGCAGGCACCACCGAACAGCAGAUUUGCCAAGCGCUUGAAAGCGCGGAGGAACAAGCCAGGGAAAAUCAGAGGGCUCAGAAGGAUGGGAAUGUUGAGAAGCUCGUCAUUCAAUUCUGGGACGAGCUGAACACCUGCCCUCACCAGCCGCUCUUCAAGCAGAUCCUGGUUGAUCGCAUCAACCCCUGGACAGGCGAGCCGAUUCACCAAUCGGUGCGAUUUGUGGCCGCUUGUAACCCUUGGCGCCGUUCGUCGGGAGGUGCAUCUUUCGGCUUCGAAAGCCCGUCCAUGGGGGAUCGCUUGGCUGGUCUGGCCUAUCGGGUUCAUCCGCUCCCUGAGAGUCUCUUUGGAUACCUGUCUUCAUUCGGCCAGCUUGAUUCUGAGACCGAAGCACAGUACGUGGAGAAGAUGGCAGCUCAAGAGCCGCAGGUGCUGAACGUCGACGAUCAGCCGCCCAACCUGAGCGAAGAUAUGUGCAAGACUGCAGCCGCUUGUGUACGCACUGCUCAUGAGUACUUUAGGAAUCUCGGCUCAUGUGUGUCCUUACGCGACCCCAGCCGAUUGUUCAAGCUUUGGUGCUUCAUUCGCUGGGAACGACAAGCGAGAGGCAUCCCGUUGGGUCCUGGGAGCGAUGCUGUCUCCUUGGUGUUGGCCCUCCACCUGACCUACGAGUUGAGGCUUCCUGAAAUGGACAAGCGAGAGCAGAUGCUGGCAACAAUUUUGCAAGAGUCACAUCUUGGUGAGCUUCUUCGAAGCCACUGCAUUUCUUGGAGUGAAAGGGGUGAUCACAAUCGAGUCAGUACGUGGAAGCGUUUGGUCAAGCAGGAAGAAGACUAUUGGCUUUCCGCCAUUGAUGUGCCUGACAACAUUGCAAGGAUUCGAGCUUUGAGGGAGAACAUGCACGCAGCCUUGAUGUGUUCCAUGACGCGCACCCCCAUCUUUAUAUUGGGAAAGCCUGGGUGCUCAAAGUCUUUGACGGUGUCUCUCCUCAUCAGUGCCCUUACUGAUCCAUACUCGCCAAAGUUGACGCACUUGGGUGUAAGCUUUAGUGUGCAACCUUACCAGGGCAGUCGGCAGUCCACAUCCGUGUCUUUGCUUCAAGUCUUUGAGAAAGCGCUGGAUCGGCAGAACAAGUUGGGCCAGCUGAAUCGUAGGACACGGCCGUUGGCACUGGUCUUACUGGAUGAGGUGGGUUUGGCAGAGCAAAGCCCUCACAAUCCCUUGAAGGUACUUCACGCGCGGUUGGAGCCUCGCCGACCAGAAGAGGCUGUUGCUGUCAUUGCAAUCAGCAACUGGGAAUUGGACCGAAGCAAGAUGAGUCGUGGUUUGUUGCUUGCAUGUCCUCCCCCAUCAUUGCUUGACCUGCAGGAAAUAGCGCUGGCCAUCAUCCGUGCAUACCUGGCUCAUGAGACAGACAUUCGAAGCCAACUCGAGGCAAGCAUAAAGCACAUAGCUGCAGCAUUCAUGGACAUUCUACGCAACCAGGACCCGCGCGACUUUCAUGGCCUCCGUGACUGGUAUGGGAUGUGUUCGUAUGCUGCCCGCUUGCUUUUGGCGGCAGAUGUUAAGAUGGAUUUGCGCUCAGAAGAUGCGAAGCAGGGGGGUUCAAUGAAGGCAGUGUCUCACGCCCUCGUCGAAGAAGCACGGCGCUUGGUUGAGCACUGCAGGGCGACAGAGUUGAAAUUUGUGCCCGCGCAGUGGGCUCUGCAGAUGGCAGUUCUGAACAACGUUAGCGGAAACAGCCGGCUGUCCCGCGACGGUUCAAGUGCGCUUGCCAAGCUCAUUGGCAGUUUGCGCAUGGAUGAUCAGAAUCUGCCAGUCCCACCGCUGGAGCUAAUCUACCCUGGGGUUCAAGCCGUUUCGAAUCGUCUGGACAGCUUGUUGGGUGAUGUGGGCGGCCGCCAUAUCAUGGUGAUCACUGACUCACCUGUCCCUGUCAUAGCCUGGGUUGAACAUCGAGCCCGCGUGGUGUCGAAUUGGAACCCCGAGAGCCUCGUGGGCAGCCCGUUGCAGCAGGACCAGGUGAGCACUGACAUGUACGCUCAAAGCAUGAUCCAGGCUGCAAUCGUCAGCAUGGCGCAAGAGCGACGCCUGCUUAUUUUGGAGAACUUGUCUAUCAUCUAUGCGGCGCUCUAUGACGUGUUCAACUCCAACUACAGCAGAGCAGGUGGACCAGAUAGCCAAAGAUACUGCCGCAUCGCCAGAGAGGGCUUUUGCAAUCCUCGCUGCGCGGUGGCUGACCAGUUUAAGGCUGUGCUUGUGGUGACCAGGGCAAAGGCUGCCAGCUACGAGCCAGCUCUCCUGAACCGCUUCGCCAAACUCGAGGUGGAGCCAUUUGACCUUCUGGACAAGGAUGCCUUUCUGGAGUGGGAAGAGGAGGUGACUGCGAGGUGCCCAGCAAUGCGUGGAAGCAACAAAGCGACGCCCACGGAUGCUGUGGCUGCUUGCCCAGUUGAUCCUUUCCGCCCAGGCUUCACAAGUCUCCUUGAGACAGUUGCUUUAUCAGCUGACAUGCGAAAUGCAGAGGCAAGCCUUCCAACUGCGGUCACAACAAAAGACCGCCUACUUUGGCCCCUAUUUUCCCCGGAGUUUGCUCCACAAGCCCAGCAUGCAGCCGCUGGUAGCUGGUGUGACAGCUCAAAAUCCUAUUUUGGAGAGCUACUGCAAGACCUUCAUCACGCUCAACAAGGCAUUGAAGAGCACGCAAUUUGUCCCUUGCUUGUUCCAACAUUCAGCGCUUCACACCAAAAGCUUGAACUUGAUGCUGUGCCUGCAGCACAUCGCGAUCUAAAGCUGGUCUCCGAGAUACAGAUGCAUGCCAUGGCAUCUCAAGCAAUGCUCAGGGAGAGCAUAAGGGCUCACAUACAAAGAGUGCAAAACGCAUUGGGCGAGGUUUCCGAGGUGCACCGUGGCGCAACAUUCCUUUCUGCUCUACACGUGCAUGUCAACAUGAAGCAGGAUGAUGCUCAAGACAUCGUGGAUUAUGUGCGCUUCCAAAUUGAGUGGUGUGCUCGGCAAAUCCAGGAUGCGUUGAUGAAUGCCCCUGCCAUGUCCGCAGUGCAUUGCCUGGCGCUAGUUGUCCACGGAGUCCGAGGCUCUGACUCCGACCGAAGCAUUCGACCAUUUCUGCUGGCAGGGCCCCACACGGAGCCCAGCAACUGUCCUGUGAGCACUCGCACGUGGACUGGCAUUGCUGUGGAUCAUUUCUCACAUCUUUUGCCAUGGGGCAUGCGGCCAGAGAAACUGUCCAAUGCAACGAUCAAGGAGAUGUUGGGCAUUGAGGACGAGUCAACCGACACGUUCUGCCUGAUUCUAGCUGAUGCUCUACCCCAUGUAGUUCCUCGCUUUCGCCAAGAAUCGCAACACGUUGACUGCUUCAUGGUGAUCCGACAGCUCAUGCAAGCCAUUCAUGGCAAGCCCGAGCUUGUCCGAGCUAUUCGUGCUGUGCUUGCCGAAGAGCUUUCUCAAGAAGAGGUCAACUGGCGCAUGGAAGUUGCACAGGACAUCGAGCUGUUGAGACGCACCGGCCCGUUUCAACUCGCGCUACUUUCUCAUCUUCGACAAGACGACAAGAUUUUGCCUGCAAUGCAAGCUGUGUGGCAGCAUAGCCUGCACACCAGUUGCCCCAGCGGACAAGAGACCGAACCUCCAAGUUUGGAGUUGCGAAAGCGAUUCUGGCAGGGGGUAGCAAGAGCGCUGCUCAACGACUUCCUUGGACAGCAAACUCCACCGCAGCACAUGCAACUGCUAUGCCAGCUCCAGGAGAAGCAGAUCCUGCUCAUGCCUGGAAGCACUGUGGUGAUGCAGCUUCUCUUGCCGCAGGUGCUCUCGAGCGGCGUGCUCCAGCGCGAAGACUUUGCGCACAGCUUGCUGGAGUGUAGUCAUCGGCUCGGUGUAAUGAUGCAGCGGUGUUUGCCAGGCGCGCUUUGGGAAGCUUUGCAGCAAGAUGGUGCUUCCAUGUCGAAGAUUGGCCUGCUCGGUGAUGAUGUGAUCACGGAGAUAGCUGCGCGUGCAUGCGCUGCCAUGCUUGAAUGGCCAGGCAAUGCCAUUUUUGAGUCUGUCCGCUCACAUCUUCACAAGCUUACAGCCAUUGUGGUGAGCAACGUGACGCAGCAGGCGCCAGCAGCUGCGGUGCUUGCAGACGAAGAUCUGCCACCAAGGGCGCUUUUGCCUGCAAUUGCAGCUGCAUCAUUGCUGCCAGUCUCAGAAUACGUGGCAAGUUUGCAGGUGCGGUUUGGGGUCCUCAAGGUUUGCUGGCGGGAUUCCUUGGAAGGAUUUCUUGCAAACUGGCCGGCCAGCGCUUCCUUUCAGAUGAUACGAGAUUGUGGCAUUCAAGCUGCAUUCCGACUGCAUGCGAAGGAUUUGGAGACGAAACUGGAGGAGAACGAUUCUUUCGUUGGAAAGCAGGCACUGGGCCAACUUGCAAUAGCCAUCGAAGACUUUUUGAUGACAACGAAAUCUCGAGACUCAGAGCUGGUGAGAGUGGCAGUGGUCAACCACAUGCUUGCCGCACAUGGGACGGAGGGCGAGACUGAGAUCAGAAGGCACAUGAGGAGGGAUGAGAACUUGAUUCCAGCUUUGUAUGGCCUGAUGCAGCUGGACGAGGUGAAGUAUUCCACACCACUGGUUGGCAUGUACUACUCUUUAAAGCUGCUUUCUGAGGAAUCCAAAGAUGCUCGUGAUUCACUUGAUGCGUCUCAGAGCCUUUUGCGCAAGGUCAUCGCCCGCUCAGACGACAGCUUCUCACACCUCAGCCAAGUCAAGACAUACCUCCAGCAGAUCUCGGUGUAUUUGAUGGAGCAUUUGGUCUCUCGGGUGUGGUCGACAGUUUUCAGGGAUUGGAAAGCAGCAGAGGAAGUAUCUCAAGCAGUGCUGCAAGAAUUCGGUUUGCUGAUGAGCGGCCAGGAGACAGGAGCUCCAUCUAGCAUGUCUGUCAUGGGCCUGUUAAACGAGUAUUUGCCACCCCCUGAUGCAAGUAUUGGGUGGGAUACACCUUUCCUCGCAUGCUUGGCAGAUGCGCUUUCGUUGACGGCUCAGUUGGGCGAAAUUCUGUCCAAAGUCGCUGAACAAGCAAUAUCGAAGAGAAAGUCUGCCAAGAAGGCCUUGGAGAUUCUGCAGAAGGCCUUCAACGAGGCGCUGAAAGUCAUGGAGGCUUCAGCUCCCCAGUCGCGUGCCCAAAUUUUCGUGGCACUUGUGCUUGCCAGAGAGCUCAUGGUCCACAGCGUCGGUGUCGUCGAGAAAGCGCUUCAGGAGGAGAAUCCCGACAAAUUCGGCGCUUUUCUGGAUUGCUUUGUGCGCAUGCUACAAGUAGCAUGUGUGCGGGGCUUGCCAGCCCUUGCACUCCAAGAAACACAGCUUUGCACCUACAAGGGCCAAAAGUUGCGCGUGAAUCAGCUUCCAACUGCUUUUGCAUCCUUGUACAUGGUUGCAGCAACUCGCAGGCGGGAAAGGCCCGUCCCUACAGAUGUGGCGCUUAGACAGCUGUUUGAGGUUGUGGCUGAAAAAGCGGGGCAAGCGGGGGAUGGCCCUGUUCACCAGCUGCAUCAACUGCUGCACAAUUGUCAAGCUGAAGCUGUUGCUGCAUCCAACUCCCUUGGCUUGUCCAUGCUGCUGCCGGAAGCCCCGGAAGUGAAAGACCUUCUGCAUUGCGUGGACCAAAUUGGUUCAGAGGAAGCGGCGGCGAGCGAGCAGAGCGUAGCGCAUUUUACCCAGCUUUGCGCUGACAGCCGCAACAAAUUCCGAGAUCUGCUGCGGUGCAUGCGAGCAGUUGGAGAGAUGGCUUGCAUGCAGCGCUCUGCUGCGGACGAUGAGACGGCAGACAAGGCUCUGCGAAUUUCUGCAAGGCUGCCUGAUGUGCUGGGAGCAGCGCUACAGCUCUUCCAAGUGGGGGAAACGGGGGAGGCAGAACAUGACGCGGGAGAGGCAGAACAUGCUGCAGAGGGAAGAGAUGAGCCGCUGUUUGAUUGGAACAGGGACCUUCUUGAUAUGACAGGCGAUGAUGCAUGGCGCAGUUCCAUACUAGCACAUGUCGUGUGUUUGCUGGGAGCCACCCAAAAGGAGGUCAUUCGGAAGCAAGACCUGCCACCGGCUGUGUUGCCAUUCGCGGCAUUCGUUGACCUCGAUGCACAAGCCUUGAACACGACAUACUGGCCGGGUGUGCCGGACAACUCCUGGCACGGGUUGCGAUACUCAGGCAUGUUCAAGCAUAACCUCCCGCCCAAUGGCAACAUUGUAUGGGCUGAGUGUGAAUGCGGGUACCGCUACUGUUACGCAGAGUGCGGUGCGCCAGUGUCACAGGCUCCAUGUGCAAGCCCAGAGGGCCAGGGCCGUUGCACUAGGCAGAACGGCGGUCAGAACUAUAAUUUUGCAGCAGGCCAACGGCUCAUUGCAGUUGUCGUGACGGCAGCGCCCCAUGGCGAUGGCUGGCCUCCUAUUUAUCACGCCGUGCGCCAAUACAACGAAGCAUUUAGUCCCCCAGGCAACCGCCCAGGUUUGUUUGCGCUGACUGAAGCAGAUUUGGAAACCUCGGUCAAGCGAGAGAACCGUACAGCCGUGUCCAAUAGCUUGAUGACGGAGACAGUGAGGCAAGAUUGGAAUGAGCCGCUUGGCAAGCCACCACCUGCAAAUACAGGACUUGACCGUGUAACCUUUCGAGUACUGCACCUUCUGAUUCAUGCCAGCGCCCUGAUCUCUGUGGGCAUGCAAUGGGUGCAACAAGGGCCUGAUAGCAUUGUCAAUCUUCUGCAGGAGCACCUGAGGAGGGAGGCCAGGAUGAACCCGGUCAGAGAUGCCAACGACACAGUGUGGUACUUCAUGGCCAACUUGGAAGCUGACUUGCAGGCUCUUUCAAAGUUGCUGAAGAAGGACGGCAUCGAGGUGGCCACCCUCUUCGUCCACGCAGUGCUUCACAGGCUUGGAGACUUGGAGCCAGGCCAGCAGCCGGCGCCCAGCGCCCUGCGCAGUCACGAGGAGCGUGUGGCUUACGAGAACUGGUUCCAUGAGAUUGUGGUUCUACCUGUGCUGGGGGAGAUUACUGCUGCCGGCGACUACACGCUACCCGGCGUCCAUGAUCUGCGCAGGCGAGCAGGACAAACAAAAGACCCCAACGUGGUCCUCACGACUGAUAUGCUGGCGCGUCGUGCGCCUCCAGCUGACGCAUGGGGUUGCAUGGAGGACCGUGUGCGCCGGUCAAUGCUUCUGCACCUCAUGCGGCCCCUGAUCUUCCCUGUCGCCGAGAUCGCUGAGAGCACCUACGAGGAGUUGGUGGCGGCCAGCAAUGGCGGCCGUGGCUUGACCAUCCUUCGCCUGGCCAUGGCGGGCUUUGAUGAGUCCAAGGCUUGGAAGGUGCAAGCCGAGCUCCUGCGAGCCGCCAGCCUUGCCUGGGUCUUGCCCUUCAUGCGGUAUGUGCGCGAGAAGGAGGGAGGCCGCAUCGACAUCCGGGCCGCGCGCAGGACCACCAUGCGACAAUGGCUGGACAUGAGGGACGACCAUGAACGGUUGCACGCCUGGAGUCUGUUUCGAAAUUGUGAGGCUGCUUGGAAUGCCACCUUGGCAGCGGGCAACGUGCAGGUCGGUUGCGGUCACCUGACUCUCCCGGAGUGGACUGCAGACUCCCCACUGGCGCUUUCUUGUCCUGUGGUGGACCCCGAGAAGUUGCGACACGGCGACCUAGCCAUCGGCAACUAUGCGCAUCCGCCAGAGCACUGCGCAGCAGUUGCUCUGCACGAACUUGCCUUAAACCACAACAAGGUCCUGGCCCACAUCCACAAGUACCUAGAGGAGGGAGACGCCUGUCAUAUCAGGGCUCGUGUGCACCCAGCAGCAAAACGUUGCACACCCAGCGGACAGUGUCAGCCAGCCGACUUGCAGAAUGAGCAAGUUCGACUUGUGCAGCACACGGUGAUGUCGGACUUGUUUGUUUUUCCGGGCCAGAUGGAGACCACGUGUGUGGAGGACAGCCCCGCAGAGGCGCCACAUGUGCUCGAAGGCGAUGAGAUUGGGCCAAGGACCUUUCGCUUGGACUACAACAUUGACAGCCUGCUUCAAACCUUCUACCAUGUCCCUUGGGGUGCAGAUUGUCCCGCUCGCGGUGACCAUGACUUCCCUGCCAUGGAAAACGACUUGGCGUUGAGGUUGGUUGCAGGCCGCCCGCCGCUUCAAGUCUGCAGUGAGGACCACAAGGAGUUCCAGUCCGACAUUGACCCCUUUCCCUACAAUAUUUUUCAUGGAGAUGUGAACGUUCGCAUUUUAACCCGAGUGAAAUCUUGCCAAGUGGUGCCGCAGAUGUCUUUGCGUAAGGCGCUAAGCGUUCAGAGAGCGGAGCAGCUUGAAACCGACUUAUAUCGCGACACUGCCCAUGCGCUGGAAGUCAGCAAGAUCACUGGCGACCUGAUCACUCUGCUACUGGGUGUUCGUACCACCAGCAUUUUCCGAAGCGACAUGACGUUGCUGGAGUUCAUAAACCUCCUCCUGCUUGUGGACCAGAUGGCACCCAAGCAGGUCCGUCAGUGCGAGAGCCACCCGGAUGCCUUGAAGCGCAUUGAAUCUAUGCAGGACAUUGCCACAAUUCCUCUGAAUGCUCUCGUGGCCUUACACCUUCUCUCGAGAGAUAUUCUUGCAAUGACCCGUGGGGUCAGCAUCAAGACAAAGGACAGCGAUGCAGAGUAUGCAGACUCAAAAGAGUUGCCCGAAGAUAUGAAGAGUCGCAUGGAGGGCUUGAAGAAGGAAUUCCCACAAGCUCUUCCUGUGGCGUGCCGCCUGGUUGCACGCUGCGCGUACUUGGCAAGCGAACUGCCCUCCGCAAUCCGUGACCCUACGCUGGAGAUGGAAGCUCCGAGCCUGUGCAUGAUGGCGCAGGAGAUGGACGUGGUCGAUGAGCUCGAAGAGGUCAUUGGCGAGGAACCAAGCGAAAGCUGGGAGGAGCUCGUGCCUUCCAGCUUGCUGUGCUGGAACGAGUGCCAGGAAGGUCAUGUGCUGGAGGCCGUGAAGAUGUACCGCGAGUGCUGGCGCGAGAUCCGGGAGCCCUUCUUGGCGCCACCCAAGCCUGUGCUCGGUGCCGCAGAUCCAGCUGUAGGGGGUGGUAUGGUCACGCGAUCGAGCUGGCAGAAGCCACAGGUGGGUGGCGUCCGCCGGCAGCCGAGGAAGAAGCGCGAGGUUGCGGGCCUCGCUGAUUCAAGUGAUUCAAGUGACGAUUGGGCACUGAUUGGCACAGCGCCAGCUCAACGCGAGGCCUCAACGGCUGCAGCUCCGGAUUUGGCUGAGCCGUGA